UUUCCGAAGGCCACUACAUUCCGUCGCAUAUAGUUUCUGUUCCAUAACACAAACACUUGGAGGAUGCAACAGCCGCAACUUAAGCAAAGUCCUAAGUAGCAACGAACCAAGAGUAGCCAUAUAUUCAUUAGCUUUAGCUAAGCAUAAUGUUCCUUCGCGGCUUUGCUUCGCUCUGCUACAACAAUUGAACAUGACCCAAAACCCUAAUUGCGGCAACUGAAACAGAACUCCUGAAAUCAAAGGAAAAAGAAAAAAACUAAUUACAUAACCAAGAAGUAACGACAUAACAACAUGUCUUGCUACUCAUCAAUUUUUCAGGGUUCUAUUAGAACAUCGACAAUCAUGUCUUUAAGAACCUCCUUUCCUCUCCAUCUCCAUAAAACCCCAUACAAAACCCUAAUAAAGCAGCAUUCUUUGUUUUCAUUAGCUUCAAUUUCUACUAUGAUGAAUCACCAAACCCUAUCUUUUAAGCAUCAUCAGGGAGUGGUCAGGUGUUCUGGUUCUCUUGGUUUUUUGGAUUGGAGAACCGUUGCCUUGCCUUAUUUUUGCCUACAGAACUUGAAUUAUAGUAGGUUUGCCUACCAGGGCGUUACUAGUGAUGAUUCAGACCUUGAAGUUGGGUCAUAUUCCCAGCAGGCAAUGAGUGGUUCCACCCUUGAUAACAUUGAAGAUUGGAGAUGGAAGUUUACCAUGCUACUUCGCAACAAAGAUGGGCAAGAAAUUGUCUCAAGGGAGAAAAAGGACAGGCGUGAUUUUGGGCAUCUUUCAGAAUUGGCAAGCCGAAUGGGUUUGCAUAGUCGUCAGUAUUCAAGAGUUGUUGUCUUCAGUAAAAUCCCUCAGCCAAAUUACAGACCGGAUCUGGAUGACAAGCGUCCUCAGAGAGAGGUGACCUUGCCUUUUGGACUGCAAAGAGAAGUAGAUGCCCAUCUCAAUGCUUACCUUUCCAAAAAGUCCACGAACAGGGAAAAUUUCUCUGUUAAUUUCUUGCCAAAAUCAAGCAAUGGGAAAAGUAUGGCUAAUACUGAAGGGGUCUAUGAGCAGCCAGAUCCAAUGAUAAAGAACAAUGUUGUCAUGGAGAGAAUUCUAAGGAGGAAAAGUUUGCAGCUGCAAACUAAGCAGCAAGAAUGGCAGGAAACUCCUGAGGGCCAAAAGAUGGCUGAAUUUCGCCAAAGUCUUCCUGCAUAUAAAGAAAGGGAUGCACUGCUGAAAGCCAUUUCUGAAAAUCAGGUGGUUGUUGUCUCAGGCGAAACUGGUUGUGGUAAAACCACACAACUCCCGCAAUACAUUCUAGAAUCUGAGAUUGAAGCUGCCCGUGGAGGUGCCUGUAGUAUCAUAUGUACUCAGCCCCGAAGAAUAUCUGCAAUGGCUGUUUCUGAAAGAGUUGCUGCAGAACGAGGGGAGAAACUGGGAGAAUCAGUUGGAUAUAAAGUUCGCCUAGAGGGAAUUAAAGGGAGAGACACUCGCCUUCUGUUUUGUACUACCGGUAUAUUAUUGCGGAGAUUACUUGUUGACAGGAAUUUGAAUGGUGUUACUCAUGUUAUUGUUGAUGAGAUUCACGAACGUGGAAUGAAUGAAGAUUUCCUACUUAUUGUCCUGAGAGAUCUCCUUCCUCAUCGACCGGAGCUGAGGUUGAUUCUGAUGAGUGCAACUUUAAAUGCUGAGCUUUUCUCUUCCUACUUUGGUGGUGCUCCGACACUUCAUAUUCCUGGUUUUACAUAUCCAGUUCGAGCACAUUUUCUAGAGGACAUCCUAGAAUUGACUGGACACAGGUUGACUCCAUAUAAUCAAAUUGAUGAUUAUGGUCAAGAAAAGGGUUGGAAAAUGCAGAAACAAGCUCAGGCUUUUAGAAAGAGGAAAACCCAGAUUGCUUCUGCUGUUGAGGAUGCACUUGAAGCUGCCAACUUUAAGGGGUACAGCCUACGCACCCAGGAGUCUUUAUCCUCUUGGAAUCCAGAUUCAAUUGGUUUCAACCUCAUUGAGCGUGUGCUCUGCCACAUAGUUAAGAAAGAACGACCUGGUGCUGUGUUAGUAUUCAUGACUGGUUGGGAUGAUAUUAGUUCUUUGAAGGAUCAGCUACAAACUCAUCCCGUAUUGGGUGAUCCUAGCAGAAUAUUGCUACUUGCAUGCCAUGGUUCUAUGGACAGCUCUGAGCAGAGGUUAAUAUUUGAUAAGCCCAAAGAUGGAGUGCACAAAAUUGUUCUGGCUACUAACAUGGCUGAGACUAGUAUAACCAUUCCUGAUGCAGUCUUUGUGGUUGACUGUGGGAAGGCAAAAGAGACUUCAUAUGAUGCACUGAACAAUACUCCUUGUUUGCUUCCAUCAUGGAUCUCAAAGGCUGCAGCUCGGCAAAGAAGAGGAAGAGCUGGUCGUGUUCAACCUGGAGAGUGUUAUCAUCUCUAUCCAAGAUGUGUUUAUGAUGCUUUUGCUGAUUAUCAACUACCAGAACUUUUAAGAACACCACUGCAGUCCUUGUGCUUGCAAAUUAAAAGUCUCCAACUUGGUAGUAUUUCGGAGUUCCUUUCUAGGGCAUUGCAGCCACCAGAACCUUUAUCGGUUCAAAAUGCUAUCGAAUAUUUAAAAGUGAUAGGAGCUCUGGAUGAGAACGAAAAUCUAACGUUGCUAGGACGUCACUUGUCAAUGCUUCCGGUUGAGCCUAAGCUUGGGAAAAUGCUUAUAUUAGGGGCUAUUUUCAACUGUUUAGAUCCAGUAAUGACUGUUGUUUCUGGUCUUAGUGUAAGAGAUCCAUUUUUGAUGCCAUUUGACAAGAAGGAUCUUGCGGAGUCUGCAAAGGCACAGUUCUCUGCUCGUGAUUACAGUGAUCACCUCGCUCUUGUCCGAGCCUUUGAUGGUUGGAAAGAUGCUGAAAGACAACAAUCUGGUUAUGAGUACUGUUGGAAAAAUUUCCUGUCUGCACAAACUAUGAGAGCCAUCGAUGCUCUUCGGAAGCAGUUCUUUUAUUUGCUCAAGGAUACUGGUCUCCUUGGUCAGAAAACAGAGGACUGCAGUAUGUUGAGCCAUGAUGAGCAUCUUAUUCGAGCAAUCAUCUGUGCUGGCUUGUUCCCUGGGAUCUGCUCUGUUGUAAACAAGGAGAAGUCAAUAACAUUGAAAACAAUGGAGGAUGGCCAGGUUCUUCUCCACUCGAACUCUGUGAAUGCCGGUAUACCCAAAAUUCCAUACCCAUGGUUAGUUUUUAAUGAGAAAGUGAAAGUAAAUUCAGUCUUUCUGCGGGAUUCAAGUGGCGUAUCUGAUUCUGUGUUGCUUUUAUUUGGAGGAGAUCUUUCAAGAGGUGGACUAGAUGGACACCUGAAAAUGUUGGGAGGAUACUUGGAAUUUUUUAUGAAACCUGCCUUGGCAGAUACAUAUUUGAGCUUGAAGAGAGAGCUUGAAGAAUUAAUUCAGAAGAAACUUCUGGAUCCCAAGCUGGAUAUUCAAUCUCAUAACGAGCUCCUGAUGGCAAUAAGAUUGUUGGUAUCGGAGGAUCAAUGUGAGGGUAGAUUUGUUUUUGGUCGACAGCUGCCAGCACCCUCAGAAAAGGUGAUGAAAGAUGCAGUGUCUGGCAAACAGCCAUGUGAUAAUUCUAAGAAUGAGCUGCAAACUGUGCUUAUCAGGGCAGGACAUGGACCACCCACCUAUAAGACGAAACAACUGAAAAACAACCAGUUUCGCUCCACUGUGAUUUUUAAUGGAUUGAACUUUGUAGGGCAGCCUUGCAACACUAAGAAACUUGCAGAAAAGGAUGCAGCUGCUGAGGCUCUGCUGUGGCUGAAGGGUGAGGUGCAUUCAUCUUCUAGAGAUAUUAACCAUGCGUCGGCUCUUCUAAAGAAGAGCAACAAGAAAACUAAAAAUAAGGCUCUGCUUCAUGGUGGUAAAUGGAGCUAAGAAGACACUUAAUAACCUAAGGCAUAGGAUAUCAUAAUUGUAAUCAAAGGAAGAGCCUAAGGCUGAAUGGAUCUGAGCUGAGAUUUCUGGCAGACGGACACAGGGUCUGUGGUCCUGGCUGAAACUCUUUCCUUUUGGAUUGAGCUCAUAACUUCCAGUUAUGGAGUGACACUGAAAGUAAAAUGCAGGCUUCAUAAAAUCUAGGGCCUUUAGAAAUCCUCAUCUUUGGGAACUCAUAAUAGCCAACGUGCAUCAGAGCUGGAGCUGGAGGUUCUACGACGUGACUUGCAGAAUUUUGUUUUUGCAGUGGUGCUGCAUGCCUCGUGUCCAAGUUCUCGUUGACUGGUACAUUGCUAUGAAAGAAUAACAUAAUUAUUUUUAUAGAAAGGUAGAAUUCUUCUUAAAAACGUUAGUGUACACCAUAUUCAUCCAUCAAUAUGCCAUUAAAUUCUGUAAACUGCUAAUCUCAUAGAGUAAGUUGAGUUGAAAGAAGCCUCUUGUCUCUUCAUCGGCAUUGGAUAGUCUGGUUCGACUUGCACUGCUGGCAUGUGGGUCAUCAUAGGUAGCUUAGAAAUUAGAAUUGUUGUACAUUCCUAAUUGACGGUAUGAUAUUAGCCCGCUCAUAAUUCCUAAGGGUCAGAAUAUAUUAUUUUUGCA